AUGACUUCCUCAUCAAAAAAAUACCAAAAUCUUGAAAAAGUCACGAUUAUCUCUAUUGGAUUCUUUUUAACUUUUACAGGGACUGGUAGCUCUGCUAAUCUAGCUGCAAAAGCAUAGCAAGAUAAUGGCUUUGAUAGUUUGGGAUUAUAUUAAAAUGCAACUGCUUAUUUCAUAUACAUAGUUAGUAGUUUUUUUGGAACAGCAUUUGUGAAGAAAUUUGGUAGCAAAUUAACACUAUUUUUUGGUGCAGCUUGCUAUUUAAUAAAUAUAAUUGAACAAAUUUUGCCAGCCCUCUAUGCCUAAUAACCUGAGAAUAGAGAUAAAUAAUUCUAUUUUCGGAAAGGAUUUAUCUAUUCAAUGGGGAUUCUAGCAGGAGUAAUUAAUGGUAUAGGCAGUGGUGUUAUCUGGACUGCUCAAGGAGAAUAUGUUUCCAACUGUGCUAAUGAUGAAAAUAAAGGAUUUUUCUUCAGUUAUUUCUAUUUUAUUUACAUGUCAUCUUAAAUUGCUGGAAAUAUUAUUGCUGCUAUAGUAUUGGAAAAUUCUUAAUUGACCACUUACUACAUUGUCAUGUCAAUCAUAAUGGUUGUUGGAUGCCUUCUAUUUUUAUUUCUUUAAAAGCCCAUAAAAUCUUAAACAGAUAUUCUAAAAAGUGCAAGAUGUAGUGGACACUUUUAAUAUGCUAAUUUCCAAAAGAAUGGCCUUUAUGCUGCCUUUAAUGAUUUUAACCGGUAUUAGUGUAACAAUAUUCACUGGUGA